AUGGGGGAGUUUUGCUCUAAACCGGAGAGUGGGAAUUCUCAGUCACAUCCCGGUGUUUCUCCUGUUGGUACUCAACAUGCCAGGUCAAGGGAAAGCAAUGUCCCAAAUGCUUCAACAGCAACAGCUGGCUUUCUAUCUAAUAUGUGUGACACAAUAUCCCGCUUACAAUCCGAAAGUCAUUUACCUUCGAACGCCCCACCACCAGGUUUACGGAUUGCCCCCAGCCCUGAGCAGGGUUAUGCCAAUAGUAUCAAUCGGAAUGGGAGGUCUGAAAGUUUUCCAAGUGGAGGUCCGGUUGUCACAACUGGACCUCAUGCAGGAUUGUUGACUCCGGAAGACAUGCUUGCUGCAGCACAAAUUUGUAGCCAUCUAAGUCAGUCACAACUCAACGCUCUGGCAGCUGCUUACCAUCAACGGCAGCAACAAAUUCAACGUUCUGUCGGCCCAACUGCUUCAGGAACUUCAACUCUUGGUCACGUACCAGGAAUUACAUUUGCACAGGCUCUAGCAGCCGUUACAUCUGUAUCGAAGUCAUCAUCUCCUACAAUUCCUCUGGGUGUUUACAGCUCUCAACAGUCACCUCGAUUGCCGGUUCACUCAGUUCAAACACCUGUGCAUCAAGGGAACCAAAAACGCCCCCCUAGUGGUCAGUCUCAGUUUCACUCAGGACAUCCUAUUCAAAUGGGUUCAACUACACCCGGUACUCGUCCAGCUUCAGCGUCUCAGGCUAUCCUUCAUCAUCGCGGAAGUCAUCCUGGUUCUUCAGGAUUCGGGACAAUGAGUUCUCACGUCAAUCCAUCACAACCGAUUACCUCACACCUGGAUCAUAGUUUGCACAAUGCACAUCAUCAGACAAGGGCUUCACCAUCACUAUCACCCAGUCCUGGAAACAAUAUUUAUCAAAAUCGCCGUUCACAACUGGCUCCCCCUUCAACUCAUCCGAACAAAAGACCUCGUAUUUCCUUAGGAUCCCAAUUACCACACUCCAUUUCGUCCUUACCUUCUGCUCAUGUAACAAAUACAAUUGCUCCAGCUGAGAUGGAAGCUUUACUGGGGAGUGUUGUUGCUAGUAAGGCGAUGGCAAGUAUUGCAGCUGGUUCUAACUUUCUUAAUCCAAACGCCUAUUCUGCAGCUACAGAAGUUGCUGUUGCAGCUGCAGCAGCCCUCACACCUUUUUAUACAUCAAUUAACAAUAGUAGCUUAUCGAACCCAUCAUUGGUCGCCACUCCAAAUCAAACUGCUUAUCAACCGCACAUUCAACAUCACGGUUCAGUCGGUAGUAAUUCAACUUCUGGCACUCAUUUAUUCAAUCAACAACAUGUUCUAUCAUCUUCCAGUUCAGCGUAUCCAGGUUCUCUGAUGGGUACCUUACCUGGUUCGCUUCUAACCUCGUACAAUAACAGACCAUUUCCUCAUGCAACUGCGCCUACCCAGGCGAUAACUUCCGGACAAACCCUAGUUAGCGCACCUGUCUUGGGAUCACAAACUGUAACUAGUCAGCCUCCAUUGUCACAUAUGCCAGCGAAAGCAUCGCAUCCAACAUCAGUCUCCCAAAUCCCUUCUCGCCUGAUUUCUGGCCAUCUUCAUCAUCCACAUGCUCCUACACAUCCUAGUCAAAGCAGUUUCCACCAGUCAAAUCAUCCUUUACCACAGCCAGGUUCUCAACAUCAUGUGAUGGGCCAUUCUAAUCUCCCUCAAGGAAGUGGCGUACUUCGACAGCAGACUAAAGAACCGGCUUAUCACCCACAGGUUGAAGCCAUAUCCCCUGCUCCUGAUGAAUCUCGUCUAGUGGAUGCCCAGGAUGCAAAGCUUCAUCGUGAAAGGGAAGAAAUUAACCGCCAGCUGACAGUAUUAGAUGCUGAUAUUAAUAAACAAGAAUCUCAUCUCAGAAAUCUGUGUGAGCGAGAGGCUCGGUUAAUAGCUCGACUUGCGGUAGUACCUACACGCGAUACAUCGAACAAUAAUUUGAACAGUAACAGUCAUGAAAGUAAAUCAAAUAAAGGGGAUCUUGCUGUUCCGGAAGUAUCUUUCAUUUGUAAAACCGGUUUUGAACGAAAUUACGAAAACCCAAUACAGGCAAUUAUUUCUGACAACCGCCAACGUACUCGUCAGCGUCAUCUCAUUUUCACAAGACUUUGUGGUCCCAAAGUUAGACCUGGACCACAUGCCCUGCCAUUUUAUCGCCAACCAUCCGACUUGUCAAGUGUAAGGGCUAUACAAUCCAACUUUCGCAACCAUUUCCGUCCAAAACUUGUUGUUUAUCUUCGAAGACGUCUCCGUGCUGAACAAAGUCGUACCAAUUUUUUGGCUCAACAAUACGGACGAAAUUCUAGAAUAUUUACCAAAAAGAUGGACAAAUUACUCAGUACGACUAAACGACUUCAACGUGAUCUUCGUCAUCGAGAUAUUUUUGAGAAAGUGAUGCCGGAAGUUAAAAAAAAUCGCGAAGACAGGGAAAUGGGAAACACUGAAUACGCUAAACCAGGGGUCGAUGAUGAUUCUGGCGGGGUUUCUAACUUAAAUGAUGGUUCUCAGACUACUCCCUACGAUGCUAUAGAAGAGAUGAAUAAAUUAAAGGAAUAUGCAAUUGAUCCUCCAGUUAUGCUUGCACCUUGGCAGCGUCGAUAUCAAUUCAUAUGUGAAUCAGGUUUAAUCACAGACUGUCGUGCUCAGCUUCAAGAAAAUCAAGAUCUGUCUAAGUGGUCGGAAGAAGAAAAGCAAAUAUUUAAGGAGCGCUAUUUAGCCACUCCUAAAAAUUUUACUUCGAUAGCUUCAUACUUAGAGCGUAAAUCUGUUGCAGACUGUAUCCACUAUUACUAUUUAUCCAAAAAGAAAGAAGGUUAUAAACAGCUGUUGAAGAAGCAUAACGCUCGUCGACGCCGAGCAGCUCAGACAGAACGUGGAGGAGGGGGUGGUGGUACUGGUGGAGUUGCUAGCAAUUCAAAUACUGGCGGGAGUAGCGGUAGUCAUGGUAGUAGUAGUAGCAACAACUCAAAUAUGAACACUAUCCCUCCAUCCUCUGGUAGUUGUCAAAAUGGGCACACGAAUAUAAAUUCUCCUCGUGGAGAACGUAAUGAAGCAGAUGAAAAAGAUCCAGGAGGAUUAAAAAAUUCACAAACCGAUUCUUCUAGGUUUCCUGAAUCUAAUGAAACAGCUGAGCAUAAGGAUGUUGAUGGAUACAAAAAUACGAAAAAAGAGACACAUGGUGGUAGCAGUGGGAGUACUGGUGCAAGAAAUAGAGCCGGACGAGGUCGUCCACCACAACACACAAAUCAUUCUACUAUCGAUAACCACAAUGUUGGAUCUCAUGGGCGAAGUCGUGGUGGCAAUAACUGUUCUCGAAAUAGCAUUGAACCCCAUAAUGUUCACGUUCUAUCAGAUGUCAAGGUAUGUGAACAUGAAACUUUAGUUCCUACGAUCGAAAAAGAAUCACGGUUUGAAGAUAAUAUAACAAGUGAACCUGGAGUCCAUGCAACCGUUUCUUCUAAUACUAAUUCUCAGUGUGCAGAAUCUGUGACUGAAUCAAAUAAGCUGGCUCAGCCUCGAACACAUCCAGUAGUGGUUUCCAGUUCUUCAACACGCAUCAAGGAUUUGAUUCACUUUGCUAUUGAAAAAAAUCUUACCAAGCCUCCAUCAAGUGAUAAUCAAGUAAACACAACUGAAACUUUGCCUUCCCGUAUUUCUUCACUAGGUCCUAGUUCCUCUCAAUCUACUUCAAAUAAUAUGGCAAAUGUAACUAAGCAUAAUAAGAACCCUUCAACUUCAAUUUCAACUGUGACUCCAAGUUGUCUCGUCUCUAAUCAUAUGAUUACAGAUAAUUCAGAUACAUCUAUUGUUUUUCCAUCGACAACAGCAGCUGAAAUUUACGCAGCUGCUGCACGCUUUGCAGCUGUUAGCGCCAGCGUUUGCGGAAUGAAUACUGAUCCUUCAGUAACGUCGGUUUCGUUCACGGUUGAUUCUUCCGGAAGUCACAAACUGGAUGUUAAUAAGUCAUUUCUAUCUACUGCUUCCUUGUCAAGCAACCUACAUCCAAAAUCAGAACUGUCUGAUUUUGCUAGCGUGGAUGCAGCAAAAAAGUGGAUGUCUUCAUUUGUUCCAUCAUGUGGUUCUUUAAGUCUUUCUCAUCAAACUUCUGAUAGUCGUCUGAUGGAUCCAUCUGCUUCUAGUAAAGCAAUUCUUAUAGGAGAUUUUCUAACUGCGCAACAACUUGGUCGUGCCGAUUCAUCUAAUUGGAAUAACAAUCACUCAAAUUCACGCCAAGCUGAUUACACUGGAUCCUAUCAAGUUUCUAGAUCUGUUGAUCCAUCUACCUUACCUGUCUGUGUUAGCCAUAGUUCUAAGGCCUAUGGAAAUUUUGAUUGUCAUCCGGUAUCGGAUUUUCGAACAUCAUCAGAUGUUUCUGAAAAAUGUUUGGGAAGUGAUAUCCUUGCUGAACAUGCUAUAAGGUUGGCUAUACAUGCUAAAGCUGCCGCAGCAGCAGCUGCUGCCUCAUCAUCGGUUAGUCAGUUUGACGGUCGUAGUUCGUCUGUUUCAGAAAACAAUUCCAUUGGUCCAGAACGCUGUGUAUAUUCACCUCUGUCUCCAAGUCCUGUUAAAACUGAUAGUUUGUUGCCACCUGCGAACCAUCCCACUCCUCCUUGCCAACCUAAUUCACUUUUGGGAGUACCAGUUUCUAGAAAUGAUUCCAAAUACCAAUCAACAUCUUCAUUUUCUCGCCAGCUAGAUAAUAGUCUUACUUCUAUAUGUUUCAAAACAGAAAAUGAUCCUAACGUGUCUAUAAAUUCAGAUCAGGUGGCAUCAUUUAUUGCAAACGCUAAUAAAUUAUAUCUAGAAGAACUUGGGUCAUAUACUUCACGUGAUCGUUCUGAUUCUACGCGAUCACUGACUAGUAGCGAAUCUUCUCAGUUUUAUGGUGUUUUACAACAGUUACGGCAAAAAAAGGAGGAAAGUAAUUCUCUCCACCUUCCAAGUACUUGUGAUGUGUCUGUUACUAAUAUCAACAUUCCAAACCUGAAUUUUAGAGAACAUCAGUCGGAAUAUACAGGUAUGUGUCUACCACGUCCACAUUCAUCUGAAGGUGCCGGGAAUCAUACAUUUGAAUCAUUCAUGAAAAGUGAAUUAUCAAGAGGAACUCCAUCAAGAUGUUUACCGUCUAAAGUCCAAAACGAUCGCAUACAAACAUCUAGUCAUCCAACUGAAUCGGGUCUCAGUCAAUUUGUAUCGGAUUCCGUCAACUCGGUUAACAAUGUAGAUUCUCAUGUUUCUUCUAAUACAAGCAAACAUUCGUCUAUGCAUGUCGGUUUGAAUACACUAGAAAGCCAUAUUAAUAAGGCUAUUACAGAGGAAAUACGAGCGCAAACUAUUUCAAGAAAUUCAUUUGUUCCACACAAUAUAUCUUCUCCUCAUCUACCUAGAACUCCAUCGCCUAUUACCAAACACCAUUCUACACGUAAUUCAGAUUCUCAGUUUCAUUUAAAUGUUCCUCCGAAGAAGCAGGAUCGUUCCAUUUCGCGCUCUCCCGGUAUGAUCAACUGUUCAGUGAUAUCAGGUUCUAGAGAUUCUUUCAAAAAUUCUACUUCUAAAAUUCCAGUACCUGAACUUCUUACGGCGAAACUUCCUGCUGUUAACAAUGAAGACUUUUUUAAUAAGUCAAAUCAAAAAGGGUAUGGACAGAAGCGAAAGUUGUCUGAAACUGUUAAAAGUAAUUCAUUGUCUAGUAAUAUUGAUUCUACAGUAGACCAUUCUACUUCACCAGAUGGCGAUACAGAACCCUCAGGACCAUUACUAAUAGACUUAGCUGCCUCUGAUUUUUCACCUAAGGUUGUGUCGGGAGCAAUGAAUUUGCAUCUUAAGGAUGUUCCUCACUUCUUGUCAUGCAAUACUAGUUCUGAUUGUAUUCAAUCUGUUAAAGAAUGUGGACGUGAUGAUUCUGUAGAUCGGUGGUCACAUGCAUACGGAAAUCAGGACAGUAUAGGUUGUAAUCAUAGUUCAACAGGGUUGCUAGGAAAUUGUAAUGUCGACUCUUCGGAUUCAGCUCCAUUAAACUCACUUUAA